AUGUCGCAGAGGUUCACCGCCGUGCAGAAAUCAGGAUCGUUAAAUCACUUUUGGCAAUCGGUGGCGGACGCGGUUGUUCCGGCGGUAGGUUUUGGAAGAAUUGUUGUGGGGCGGGAGGAAAGAGUUGGAAUAGCGGCUACGCGGAGGAAGAUGCAGCUGCACUUCUCACCUAGCAUGAGAAGCAUAACAAUAUCCUCGAGCAGCUCAGUAGGAAAUGUCAAUGGAGGAGGCGGAGAUUUGAUGAAGAUCAAGGUGGCGCCUCGCCACAUCUCAUACCGCACGCUCUUCCACACCAUUCUCAUACUCGCGUUCCUGUUGCCGUUUGUUUUCAUUCUGACUGCCCUCGUCACACUCGAAGGUGUCAACAAGUGCUCCUCGUUUGAUUGUUUGGGACGAAGGUUGGGGCCAAAGUUUCUUGGGAGAACUGAUGAUUCUAAGAGGUUGGUCAAAGACUUCGUUAAAGUUAUGAAUCAAGUGAACUCUGAGAAGGUCCCUGAUAGUAUAAAGCUACCUGAUUCUUUUAGUCAACUUGUUUCCGAAACGAAAAACAAGAAGUACAGUUCAAAGGAGUUUGCUUUGAUUUUGAAGGGAAUGAUGGAGAGAUCUGAAAGGGAGAUUAGGGAGUCCAAGUUUGCUGAGCUUAUGAAUAAACAUUUCGCAGCUAGUGCAAUUCCUAAGGCCAUUUACUGUCUCUCAUUGAGGCUGACUGAUGAGUAUUCUUCCAAUGCUCAUGCACGCAGGCAAUUACCUUCCCCAGAGUUACUUCCUAUGCUAUCUGACAACUCCUACCAUCACUUUGUGUUAUCAACAGACAACAUUCUUGCUGCCUCUGUUGUUGUGGCAUCUGCAGUCCAGUCAUCUCUGAAUCCUGAAAGAAUUAUUUUUCAUGUCAUCACCGACAAGAAAACUUAUCCAGGGAUGCAUUCAUGGUUUGCCCUAAAUCCCAUGCAUCCUGCUAUUAUUGAAGUAAAAGGCAUUCAUCAAUUUGAUUGGUUGACAAGAGAGAAUGUGCCAGUACUUGAAGCUGUUGAAAGCCAUUAUGGAAUACGGAAUUACUACCAUGGAAAUCACAUUGCCGGGGCUAAUCUGAGUGAUACAACUCCAAGAACAUUUGCUUCAAAAUUACAGGCUAGAAGUCCAAAAUAUAUCUCGUUGCUCAACCAUCUUCGAAUAUACCUGCCAGAGCUAUUCCCCGACCUUGAGAAAGUGGUUUUCGUAGACGAUGAUGUUGUAAUUCAACAGGAUUUGACUCCUCUUUGGGAAAUCGAUCUUAAUGGAAAAGUUAAUGGAGCUGUUGAAACUUGUAGAGGCGAAGAUGAAUGGGUCAUGUCUAAGCAUUUUAGGAAUUAUUUCAACUUCUCUCAUCCGUUUAUAGCAAAGAACUUGAAUCCAGAAGAAUGUGCAUGGGCGUAUGGGAUGAAUAUUUUUGACUUGCGUGCAUGGAGAAAAACAAAUAUUAGAGAUACUUAUCACUCCUGGCUAAAAGCGAAUCUGAAGUCAAACUUGACGUUAUGGAAACUGGGUACCCUUCCUCCUGCAUUAAUUGCAUUUAAGGGUCAUGUGCACCCAAUUGAUCCCUCAUGGCACUUGCUCGGGUUGGGGUAUCAGAACAAGACCAAAGUCGAAAACGUGAGAAAGGCAGCGGUGAUUCACUUCAAUGGCCAGUCAAAACCAUGGUUGGAGAUUGGUUUCGAGCAUCUCAGACCAUUUUGGACCAAAGAGCUUGGAAGGGAUAUGUUGGUGUACACGCUCGGCAAUGUAUAUGAUGCAGUAGAGGAGGACAGACAUAAAUGCAAGCGUUGGCGUAGGCAGCACGUUGGGCGCCGCUGCACGCGCGCAUUAAGGCGGCGCGCCCUAGUACCGCAAGGACUAGGCAACGCGGGCGGUUGGGCGUAA